AUGGGGAAGGGCAAGCGGCGUAAGAGUAACAAGGUCAAGGCCAAGGCCAAUCAGAGGAGCAAGCUGCCCGCCGGGCCGACGAGCGUAAACGACCUCCCCGACGAGCUCCUCGAUGCGGUCCUCCUCAACCUCGGCUCGCCGCUCCACCUCAUCCGUGCUGCGGCCACGUGCAGGCGCUGGCGCCGCGCCAUUGCCGACGCGGGCUUCCUGGCUCGCUCCCGCGCCCUGCACGGCGCGCCGCCCGUCGCCGGCCGCUACUACGUCACGGACAGGCUACCUCCGAACGCGUCGGGACGGUGGGGCCGGCCGGCGAAGAAACCGGCAGCCUUCGUGCCCUCAUCGCCGGCCGUCGUCGACGCGGGCCACUUCUCUCUCGACUUCCUAUACGUUCCGCCGGUCGACGGUGAUCGCGCACGCACCAUGUACUACAACUGUUCCAGCCGUAUACGGCAUAGCGCACGCACCAUGUACUACAACUGUUCCAUCCGUAUACGGCAUAGCCGGAGCAGGGAGAUCAUCGACAGCCGCGGCAGCCUCCUCCUCCUGACCAGCGGGCCGUGGGACCCCUGGCGCUGGUCACCUGACUUCAUCGUAUGCGAGCCCGUGACACGGAGAUAUCAGGGCAUCGCGCGCCCGGCCGACCUCAGCCACCUCUGGUACCUCAGCGCCUUUCUGCUCGAUGGCGGCGGGGCCGGCGACGCCAUGUCCAACUUCAGGGUGCUCUCGGUGCUCUAUGAGCGCGGCAGGUCACACUACCAAUUCUGCGCGCCACGGGCGUGCAUGUUUACUCCAGGUAGCGACGGCGGGUGGCGCAUUUCUAGGCACACCAUGGACGAUGGCGUUGAAGUCCCGGACAUGCAGACGAUCCAUUUUGCUGGACGAACCGCCGGGAAGGUCUACUGGGGGAUGGAGAGCAGCAGCGUGCUCGUACUCGACGAGAGCACGCUCAAGUUCUCGCUCCUCGCGUUCCCGGCGCCAAUGCAGUGGCCGAAUCGGAGGACCAGCUUCCGUGUCAUUGGUGGCGUGGAUGGUGGUGACACGGUGCGCGUCGUGCGCAUGGACGGCGUGGACCUCGUGGUGUUCGGUCAGCUCCUGGACUCCGGCGAGUGGGUGAUAGAGAGGAGCAUCAGUCUGAGGGACGCGACCGCGGAGCUGCCCGGUUGGAAAAACUGGCUCUUUCGGCUGCCGGCGAGUAUUGUCACUGCAGACAAUACGUUCAUGGUGCUGACGCCGGGGGAGAAACCCUGGUUCUUCUCUGUCGACCUGGAGACCAUGGAGGUGGAAAACGACGACGUCAGGAACCGGGAAGUCGGGCCAUCAUCGUACCCGUGCGCGCUGCCAUGGCCUCCUGUUCUGCAAGCUUGCGUAAAUCAUGGUGACGCUACUAGUAAGAAAAGACACACAAGACAAUGCCGUAGUCCGUAG